UAUAAAAAAAAGGUGUUUUGAAAUUUUAAAUUCCCCCACCAUUUCUUCAACAAUAAUAUAAAAAAGGUGUUUUGAAAUAAUAAAUAUAAAAUUCCUACGUCAUUUUAUUUUACAGUCGCAAAAGUAAAAAAAUAAAAAAAUAAAAAUUUGCAUUAAGCCCGUUUUAACGGAUUGACCGGAUAAACCUAGAUGCCCUCUUUAAGCUCUGCAUCCUUCAACCGCUGCACCCAACCACCUCCGGCUCCGGCCAUGGCCCCGGCCCCGGCCCCGGCCCCGGCCCUAAUUGCUUGAUGAUUCGCGACGUCGCCGGUGGCCACUGCGAAAGAUUUCUUCUCUGAAAGGAAGAAGAAAUCUAGGGUUGUCAUUAGGGUUUGAGGGGCUGAGGGAAUAAGGAUUGGAGAGGAAGAGGGAGGAGAGUGACGCCAUUGGAGAAGAAGAGGGGGUUUGCUUCGUCUCCUUGGGUUUUUCAGAUUCUUAUUGAGAGAGAGAGAAAUCGUGUUUUUGAUUCUUUUCAAACAUACACUCAACUGAUUUUCCUCUCCAAUUUCAAGGAUACAAAAUGCUAACCCCUGAAAUCUCCGCCAGGAAAGCUGCCAAAAAAUACAGAUGGGCAAACUAUGGUCUCUUCAGACAGAACAUUCGAACUGGGAUUUUUCAACCCCUCAGGUGGUAUUUCCAGGAAUCGAUACUUGGGAAUAUGGUACAAAAAAAUAUCUGAUAGGACUGUGGUAUGGGUUGCCAACAGAGAUACUCCACUUACUGAUACCUCAGGAGGAGGUGUCUUAAAGCUCACAGACGGAGGAAUUCUCGUGCUUGUCAAUAGUACAAACAGCAUCUUCUGGUCUUCUUCAAAUUCAUCCUCAAAUAACAACACAGUGAAUUCAGCUCCAGUUGCACAGCUUUUGGAUUCGGGUAAUCUUGUUGUCAAAGAUGUAAAUGAUGAGAAUUUCCUCUGGCAGAGUUUUGAUUAUCCUGGAGACACUUUGUUGCCGGGCAUGAAGCUUGGAAAGAACCUAGUUACUGGAAUUGAUAGGCGUCUAUGGUCAUGGAAGUCCAGUGAUGACCCUUCUAAAGGUGAGUAUUCUUAUGGAUUUGAUCUUCGUGGAUUCCCACAAAUGUUCCUCCUGAAAGGUUCAGUUGAGCAAUACCGUACUGGACCAUGGAAUGGUAUCAGCUUUAGUGGCACGGUGGGUUUAAAACCAAACAGCAUCUACACAUACCGUUUUGUUUUUAAUCAGCAGGAGGUGUAUUAUGAUUUUGAGCUUAUUAAUAGCUCAGUUUUCUCACGGCGGGUUAUGAAUCGAAAUGGAAUUGUACAGCGCUUGACAUGGAAUUAUAAAAUACAGGAUUGGACAGUCUACCUGAAUACACCAUCAGAUAACUGUGAUUUUUAUGGGCUGUGUCAUGCCUAUGGUAGCUGCAGCGUUGAUAACUCCCCCGCAUGUGGGUGUCUUGAUAAAUUUAUGCCAAGGUACCCAAAAGAUUGGGACACAGCAGAUUGGUCAGGUGGGUGUGUUCGAAGAACGGCCUUGGAUUGCCACAAUGGAUCAUCAAAUGGAUUUCUCAAGUAUUCCGGUGUUAAAUUGCCUGACACACGGUAUUCUUGGUUUAAUAGGAGCAUGAACCUCAAGGAAUGCGAGACAGUAUGCUUGAAAAACUGUUCUUGUAUGGCUUAUGCAAAUAUAGACAUAACAGCAGGAGGAAGUGGCUGCUUGCUCUGGUUUGAUGACCUGAUUGAUAUUAGGAAUGUUGCUGAAUUUGGACAAGAUAUUUACAUAAGAAUGGCUUCCUCUGAGUUAGAGACACAUGGCAGCUCCAAUGUAAAGCGACGAGCAAGGAUUAUAGUCAUUCCUAUAUUACUUAUGGUAGUGGUACUCCUAGGUCUAUUGCUGCUCUUGCAUUUCUUGAGGAGGAGGAAGCUGAAGAGAGGAGGACCAAUUAGACUCAAUCAAGAUAGAGAUUACGCCGACGAAAACGAGAGGAGAGAUAUAGAGUUGCCGUUACUUGACUUUGAGACGAUAGUAAAUGCCACAAAUAACUUUUCAAUUUACAAUAAGCUUGGAGAGGGUGGCUUUGGACCUGUCUACAAGGGUGUGUUAGAAGAGGGACAAGAAAUAGCUGUGAAGAGGCUUUCAAAGAAUUCAAGACAAGGACUUGAUGAGUUCAAGAAUGAAGUUCUAUGUAUUUCCAAACUUCAGCACCGAAACCUCGUGAAGCUUCUAGGUUGUUGCAUUCAAGAUGAUGAAAGGAUGUUGAUCUAUGAAUACUUGCCCAACAAAAGCAUGGAUUGCUUCAUCUUCGAUAAAAAACAAAGUGUGUUACUAGAUUGGCCUAAGCGCUACAACAUUAUCAACGGGAUUGCUCGGGGACUUAACUAUCUUCAUCAAGAUUCUAGACUGAGAAUUAUCCACAGAGAUCUCAAGGCCAGCAAUAUUUUACUAGAUAACGAUAUGAACCCCAAAAUUUCAGACUUCGGCAUGGCUAGAUGUUUUGGCAGUGAUGAAAUGGAAGCAAAUACAAAUAGAGUGGUUGGAACACACGGUUACAUGUCCCCUGAGUAUGUAAUGAAUGGAUUCUUCUCGGUAAAAUCUGAUGUGUAUAGCUUUGGUGUAUUGGUGCUUGAGAUAGUUAGUGGGAGCAAAAACAGAGGAUUUUCUCAUCCAGACCACAACCUCAACCUCCUAGGACAUGCAUGGACGCUUUAUAAAGAAGGCAAACCUUUGGAACUGAUUGAUGCAUCGCUAGUGCACUCAUGUAAUCUUACUCAAGCAUUCAGAUCAAUUCAUAUUGGUCUAUUGUGCGUGCAACAAAGUCCAGAGGACAGACCAAACAUGUCAUCUGUGGUUAUGAUGUUGGGUAGUGAGAUUGCAUUGCCUCAACCGAAAGAGCCCGGGUUUUACACUGGAAGAAAGUUUGUUGAAGUAGAUUCAUCAUCAAGCAAGCCUGAAUCGUGUUCAGCCAAUCAAUUAACUGUAACGAUUUUUGCCCCUCGCUAGAAGAUGUUUCAUGUCAAUAUUUUGGUCCUCCACGGCUCCACACCUGGCAAAAAUUUCUGUAUAAGCCUCUUUUUCAGAAGAAAAGAAGAAAGUUAUUUCUGAUGUGUAAUAAUUGGGUGAGGCAUAUUUUGAGGAAUAAAAAUUCUUGUCUUAGAAGAAGGCCUCCAGUAAUUUGCAGUAUUGAUGGAAGUGUGAGUCAUGUAAUAUUUGUCAAUUUUGGUGGCCAGCUCCAUUAUGUGUUGUCUUUCUUUUAUUUCAUUUGUAAUUGCCAAGUUUACUAGAAACUAAACUAGUUGGUAUUUUGAUCUC